GCUAAUUUGUCAAACAAGUUUUGUAGCAUCUUGUCCUGCCAUGUACUUACACACAUAUUCCUUCGUGUUAAUGUAAAGUUCUUAUUUUUGUGCAUUAGGAACAACACACAACACGGUACAUUGAUAUCUGAGGAGGGAAUGGAAAAGGCGUUGGUGGGUGGAAGAAUGGAGAAAAAGGGUGUGAAAGCAAAGACGAAGAUUGUGUGCACUUUGGGACCAUCAAGUAGGUCUGUGGAGAUGCUGGAGAAGCUUCUCAAGGCAGGGAUGAACGUGGCUCGCUUCAACUUCUCUCAUGGUUCUCACUCUUAUCACCAAGAAACCCUCGACAAUCUCAGGAAUGCAAUGAGCAACACUGGCAUUCUCUGUGCUGUCAUGUUGGAUACCAAGGGUCCAGAGAUCAGAACUGGGUUUUUGAAAGAAGGGAAACCUGUACAAAUCCAUAGAGGACAAGAAAUCACAAUCACAACUGAUUACAGUAUAAAGGGUGAUGAGAAGAUGAUCAGCAUGAGCUACAAGAAGUUGGCACACCAUUUGAGUCCAGGGAGUAAUGUUCUGUGUGCUGAUGGGACAAUCAGCUUCACUGUCUUGGAAUGUGACAAGGAGAAUGGUCUGGUUCGAUGUCGGUGUGAAAAUUCUGCAGCUUUGGGAGAGAGGAAGAAUGUUAAUCUUCCCGGAGUGGUUGUUGAUCUUCCAACCUUGACAGAGAAGGACAAGGAGGACAUUUUAGGGUGGGGAGUUCCUAAUAAGAUUGACAUCAUUGCUCUCUCUUUUGUUAGAAAAGGUUCAGACCUUGUGGAGGUCAGAAAUCUACUUGGAGAGCAUGCAAAAAACAUACUUCUUAUGUCCAAGGUUGAAAAUCAAGAGGGCAUUGCUAAUUUUGAUGAGAUACUUGCGAAUUCAGACGCGUUCAUGGUGGCAAGAGGUGACUUAGGAAUGGAAAUUCCAAUAGAGAAAAUCUUUCUUGCUCAGAAAGUAAUGAUUCACAAAUCAAGCAUACAAGGCAAGCCUGUGGUGACUGCCACCCAGAUGUUAGAGUCGAUGAUCAAAUCACCCCGGCCAACGCGAGCCGAGGCCACUGAUGUUGCCAAUGCAGUCCUUGAUGGCACAGACUGUGUCAUGCUUAGUGGGGAAACUGCUGCAGGAGCCUAUCCAGACAUUGCUGUCCAAACCAUGGCUAGAAUCUGUUCUGAAGCAGAAAAUUUCAUAGACUACGGUGAUUUGUUCAAAAGAAUUAUGGAAACAGCUCCCACUCCAAUGAGUCCUUUGGAGAGCAUGGCAUCAGCAGCAGUCAGAACUGCAAAGUGCAUCAAUGCUGCUCUAAUCUUGGUGCUGACUAGAGGUGGAACCACUUCAAAACUUGUGGCCAAGUAUAGACCCAGCAUGCCUAUUCUUUCUGUGGUAGUUCCUGAGAUAACCACAGAUUCUUUUGAAUGGUUCUGUAGUGACGAAGGCCCUGCAAGGCAUAGUCUUAUCUACCGUGGCCUGAUACCUGUUUUGGCCACUGGUUCUCUUGGAGCCUCCCAGACUGAGUCAACACAAGAAACCAUAAAGUUUGCUCUUUCAUAUGCGAAGGAAAAUGGCUUGUGCGCAUCUGGAGACAGUAUUGUGGCACUGCUCCGAGUUGAAACCUCUACUGUGAUCAAGAUAGUAGAUGUUUCUUAACUGAAGACAAAAGUCUAGGACUAGGACUAGGACCAGGACUAGGACCAAUACCUUGUUUUUUAGUUUGGUAUUUUAGUUUUUAGGCUUGUUCUUACGCUCUUGUAGUUUAGUGUUCAGAGAACAGCUCUUUGUCUCUUUCUGAUUUCAUUAGAGGAAAUCUCAUGUGGGAAUUAAACAUUAAUAUAU